AUGGCUUUGCUCCGAUCGCUUCUUCCUCUUAAACUCCCGCCCGUGGAACGCUGCGUUUCCGCACAGGCAACACUAUUUUCCCAGUUUAUGACCAAUGAGUUAUAUGGUAUGACAUUACUAAUGACUUAUAUGUGUGCGGUGAGACGAUCCGCUGCUGUGGCCGUGGGUUUCCGAGAAAACUGCUUCAUGAAGCCGGGUGGCGGAUGCAAAUGCGACAUUAAAGAUGGAGCGAUAGAUACUUUGAUAGAAUUUGCUACAGAUGAUGAAUGCAAGAAGCCCAUUGAGAUGGUUACAGCCGAGAAUAAGAAGAAUCUCGCUAAGGAGAUUCAACAGAAAUUUGGAGGAUUCAAGGAUAACUGUUUCCCAAAACCAUCCGGGGGUUGCAAGUGCAAUGUUGAUAUGGGAUUUGGAGAAGAAACUAGGAAAGAAUUUUCUAGCAAUGCCGAUUGCAAGAAAAGCAUUGAAAGUAAGUCUCAGAUUAGAAUAAGAAGGACAAAGGCCGAAAAUAAGAAAGAGUUGAAUGAAGAGAUUAAAGAAAAAUUUGGAGAUUUCAAGGAAAACUGCUUCCCAAAGCCAGCUGGGGAUGCAGAUGCAACGACGGGACGCACAAUGAAAUGA